AUGCUCUCUCGUUCCAGUGCCGAAGCUGAAUACCGCGGCGUCGCCAACGUUGUGGCUGAAACGAUAUGGGUACGCAAUCUUCUGCUAGAGAUACAUUGUCCAAUUCAAACCGCCACUGUUGUUUACUGUGACAACAGAAAGGGUCGCUCUUGGCCAGGUUCGUGUCCUUCAUGUUCCCUCCUCUCAACAGUAUGCAGACAUCUUCACCAAAGGUCUUCCCUCUACUCUCUUCAACAAAUUCAAAUCCAGUCUUCGUGUUCGGGAACCUCACAUUUCGACUGCGGGAGGAUGAAUUGCUUGUUGCAAGAGGUUCAAUUUACAGAUCAGCAGCGGUUUAAACAGUUUGUCUCUCAAAGCAUAGCACGGAUGGAGAACCGAUUGAGGGGAAGUGGUCAUGGAGUUGCUGCGGCGAGGACGGAUGCAAUGUUGAACAUUGCUGGAUGGAUGUCUGAACAGAUGGGUGGUCAUAGUGGGCUUGUCACUUGGGAUUCUCGACUUCCUCUGAGAAAUGAAGCUAUUGUAAUACCAAACCAGGUAAACUAUGUUGGGAAAGCAGGUAACAUAUACAGCACCGGGUAUGAGCUUGAUGGGAGUGCAUAUGUUAUAUCAAAACAUAUAAGCGCUACAUGGCUAUGGGAUCGUGUUCGUGUAAGUGGUGGUGCAUAUGGAGGUUUUUGUGAUUUCGAUUCGCAUUCAGGUGUAUUUUCGUUCUUAUCGUACCGGGAUCCAAACUUGUUAAAGACACUCGACAUAUAUGAUGGAACUGGAGAUUUCUUGUGUGGCCUUGAUGUGGAUCAAGCGACACUCACUAAAGCUAUUAUUGGAACCAUCGGUGAUGUUGAUUCAUACCAAUUACCUGAUGCCAAAGGUUAUAGCAGUUUGAUGAGGCAUUUACUUGGAGUAACUGACGAAGAACGACAGAGAAAGCGUGAAGAGAUAUUGACAACAAGUUUGAAGGACUUCAAGGAUUUCGCAGGGGCAAUAGAUGUGGUUAGAGAUAAAGGUGUGGCGGUGGCUGUGGCAUCCGCAGAAGACAUUGAUGCGGCCAACAUUGCAUGCUCCAACUUUUUCGAGGUUAAGAAAGCUCUCUAA